GCUUGACCAAUUGGAGCGACGAGAAGGGCGCCGGCUGGAAGACCUCGCGCAAGGCGGUACCAGGCAAGAACAAGGCGGAGAGCCGUUGGUUUGGCGCUCGCGCUUGGGGCAGCUGGCGCAUGGCCUUUCUUAUGGCAGACCUGCAGCGGGGAGUCUGGGCCAAAGCCAAGGAGGUGCCGGCAGAUCCCGUUGAAGACGCUCAACCGGCGGCUCAGGGUGGGGAGGCAGCUGACAAGGUGUUGAGUGGUGAAGAAGAAUGGCACAUCUUUUCGCCCAAGCAGAUUGAUGCGCGGCGGUGCCUGGCGAGAACCUGGAAUUCCGGGCAGGGCGGGCAGUGCGAAGAAGCGCGGAGCGGCUGCUCCCUCUGCUACAAGCAUCAGAGGAUGGCAGUAAGCACGGUGGGACUCAGCUACGGCCUGGUGGAUGGACCCAUCCCCGAGCACAGGCUGGCACAGUUUCGAGAGGCGGCGCUCAGGGGCGUUACCUCGGCGCCAGGCAGAAAGCGGGCAGAGAGGGAGUCGGAGCCGCCGAAGCCAAAGCGUAAGAAAGGCAAAAAGAUGCGGAAGCUCAAGCCAAAGCCGAAAGAUGCGAAACUGCCGAAGGAGAAGCCAAAGGAGAAGGCAUCAAAAGACAAGGAGUCGAAGUCCGAACAGCCGCAACGAGUUCGGCAGCCGAUCGGGUCGCAAAGGGCAAUGAAGGAGUCGACGAAGGAGGAAAAGCGGGGGAGGCCAAAGAAGUCGACAUCGACGCCGACGGAACCCGUGAAGGAGCCGGAAGUUCGAAGCCGGCGCUUCCUGCAGAGCAUGAACGAAGCAGAGCUGCAAAAGCGGAACCGCCAAAAGUGGAGCAGUGUGGAUGUUGCCAUGGACCAGGCUUUGCAGCAGAUGGACUUGGAGAGCCGUGGGCCAUUUCAAGGUUUGACCGACAAAGGCACCAUCCCCCUGCCGCGCGUGGGGAAAGCCGUCGAGAUGAUGACCACCACCAGCCUGGAGCAGCGCUUGCAGUUCACCAUGGUGCUUCGAAAGUCUAUGCAUCACAACCUCCAGUUUGGCAGCGCUUUUGUGAACGCUGGAGGCGUGACGGCGCUGAGGGGUUGGCUGCAGGAUGCGCUGCCGGCCAAGCAGAACGGAAAGGAGCAAUUGAGGAAGCACGAGGCCGUGGUGCUGGAGGCGCUGGGCUUGCUGCAGACGCUGCCGGUGACGCUGCAGACGCUCCGGGCCUCCGGCAUCGGGCGCACGCUCAUGGCCAUCCGCAACUAUUGCGCUCCUGCGAUGGCCGACGCCGGCGAGCUGGUGCCUUUGGGAGAAGUCAAUCGCUGGAUGAAGAAGUUCCGGACAGAGCUCAUGCAGACCAAAGCGAAGGCAAAGCCCGAAGCCUCAGCGGCAAAGCCGCCUGCGGAGGUCACGGUGCGACCUGUGGUGCCACCGGCGAGCGCUUUGGUUCGGCCAGCCCCGAUGUCCACCUCUUCCGCUUCGUCUUCCGCGGUUCGGCCGGUGCCUGUACACCCAGCGCAGCCGCUGCGAGUGGCAGUGCCGGCCAGAAGGCCCGCCUUCCGCACGCGCAUGCUCACCCGAAAGCGGGACCGGGAGCGCAAGGCCGUGAACGAGACUGAGGCCACAUUGCAGCAGCUGUUUCUACUGGGCAAGGUCCUGGAGGAUGACGACGGGGUGAAGACCUACGACAUUUGCGACGACUGAGCGCCUUAAGCUGCGCUGCAGAUGCGCGAAGGGACCACUCCUAAGGAACCUUCUGUUGAGGGACCCCUUCUUGGGCAAGCUGUGAGACUUCUGCAGGGCCCACACAAGACAACAUUGGCGCCUGCCAGGAUUGGCGCUGAGGUUC